UCUCAACACACUUUCACAACCCAUAUACCCUUACUCUCAUUGAUCCGAUGCACGACUCUUAAGGAAAUUAUUAGCUGUUCUGGUUCUCACAUAAGGAGAGGAUUCUACUACCGGUAGUGGUUAGCACAACAGACGUCGGCAUGGCUGGGGAGCCGAGAUCCAGUGAUGGAGGGCCGCGACGGCGCACCAAAAAGGCCUGUGUAACGUGCCAGGAGAAGAAGCUCAAGUGUAGUGGCCUCCAACCUUGUACCGCGUGCUCCUCACGCUCAACCCAGUGCACGUACGCAGACAUUCCUCGAGACCGCGCCCGGAUCCACACAAGGCAGCAACGUUAUGGGCGCAAUCUUCAAUCCACCCAGGCCCACGGGCACCUCUAUCCUCGCGCCUCCCCAAAACUGCCGUUGCCGCAAAACCAAGGCUCAAACAUACCCCCAAGGACGCCUCAAUUUCAAAAUGAGCGCUACAUACGUACAGAGAGCCAGGUUACGUCCUCGAAGAUGUUGCGCCCCAUGAACGAAGCACCCGCGGCAACGGGGGACGUCAUGGAGAGUACGUCGGUGGCAAACUCUGAAGGACAGAGACUCGGAGAGCAGCUGCGGAUGUUGCAGGAUGGGAAAGGCAGAUUACUAUAUUUGGGUGAUUCAGCAAGUCUAUCGUAUCUCGAUACAAUACGAAAACUCGUUGAGAGUACGAUUGGGCCGUGCAACUUCACAAACGAUGUGCAUAAAGGCAAACUUGUUGAGGGGUCGAUUUCGACAGGGUUGACGCCAACCUAUGUCCUACCUGAUAAGGAGGCGGCCGAUUUUCUACUUGAAUCUUUUUUCUCUAAUACUGUGGGAACAAUUUUAAUAUUCGAUCGAGAGGCAUUUACUCAAGAGGUUCAAUCGAUAUACGACAAUCCGCUGCAAACGAAGCAAUCACGUUUAUCGAUUCUAAACCUCGUUUUCGCAGUAGGCCUGCAACUGAUGACGAGUUCUGAUGUAUCUAGUCCUCAUGGGCGCCAAAUACUUGAGCGGCUCGAUGGCGGUAGUGUUAGUAGAGCUGAGAUGUUUUACGUAAAUGCAACGCAUCUGAACGAUCCAGUAUCCGGGUUUGAAGACGGAGACAUCACGUCUAUUCAAGCACUACUAUUAGUCACGGUGUUCAUGUUGACUGUAGCUAAACGUAACGCUGCAUGGGCUUACUUGGGUAUGGCGAUAAGAUCAGCAUAUGCGCUUGGUUUGCAUAGGAAACGGUCUGAUUUCUCUUUCACUGCACCUGAGCAGCGUGUUAGACGGAAUGUCUGGCGAAGUUUGUACGUGAUGGAUUGUUUCCUGUCAGCAAUGCUUGGCCGCCCAAACGGCAUCCAUUGCCGUGAUGCAACGGACUCUUUGGCUGCUGGCAGUGAUUUCGGCGAUCUCUGGACCUCCUCUGACGACACCCUUGAAUUGGCCUCUAUCAGCGCCUCUGUGCGCGCUUCCUGCCUUGUCGGCGACAUUCUCUCGAAUAUCUACGCAGAUCGCAAGAUCUCCACAGAGCUUGCACACGCGAUCUCAAAUAAAUUCCAAGCCUGCAAGGACUCCCUACCUACGUUCCUGCACUGGCAGAAUAUCGACCUUCCAGAUGAGGACCCCAAAGCGACCCUGGCGCAGUUGCAUGUAAAUUUGAAUUAUUUCCACGGCAUUAUACUGUUGACAAGGCCCUUCUUGCUACAGAGAGUUUCAGAUGAGAUUCGAGCCCUGAGGGAAACGGAUGGGGGCCUCCUGUCACGGCAGACACAUGAAUUGCCUGAGACCGAUUCCGCAAAGUCCGCGCCAUUUCAAGCAGCGUGUGUCAGGUCAGCAUUGUAUACCAUUAACGCCGUGCAAGCGGCCCUUCUCAAGCGUGCACUCCCUCGCCGGGAUCCGUUUGUAAUCUAUUGGCUUUUCACCGCAGCACUCAUAAUUUGUACCAACGGCUUCUGUGCCGUUUAUCACGACAUCGACAACAAACAUGCCAUGUACACGGCGCUCAAUCUACACCGUCAUUUCGGUGCGGUCGAUCCACUUGCGCGCCGGUUUCUGGACAUUCUCAUCGCAUUUAGUGAGGCUAUCGAGCAAGAUACUAUUCCUUGUGCGGUGCCAACGGGUAGUAAAUCAAAGCAGGAAGCCAUCUUUUCUGCCUUGUUCGGUGCCAUGCACUAUGGUGCUAAGCCUGGUUACGUCGACGACAGUGCCCAGCCGCAGACUGGAGGUAGUAGAGGGGCGAAUGAUCUCAGCCGUAACCAACCAGGAGGAAUUGGUUUUCACUCAGAAAUGGGACAAGGAAACGGGCAGCAGAUACCGCUGGAACCGGACUCGCCGCACGUUAGCCCACCAGAUUACUCGCUCGACUUUGAUGCAUUUCUUAUGAAUGUUACCCAAGAUCCAUAUCAACAGGACCUAUGGACGCCACUGUAUGGGAUCACAGAUACGAGCUAGCCGAUGCGAGCUAGCCCUCCUUCGCCUCUUGAGGGGGCUACAUGGGGCGGAUGCGUAGUAUGAAUAGUUCGUGAACAGAAUGUAUUUAUACUGUAAUAUCAAUAAUGAUUAAAACGAAGGAAUAAUGUGCUGUACUUUGCAAGG